AUGUAUCCCUUCUUUCUGGUUCUGCCAUGUGUCGUUCUUUUCGCGAGCAUUGCCGAUGCUUAUCUCCUUCCACGAGAUUCGGCACCGGUCUGUACCAACCUGCGAGCCAAUUCAAACAAUGGCGAUCGCAAGGUCGCCCUGGUGAUUGACAGCUCUGGUUCUAUGGAACUAUCAGAUCCUUACCUAUAUCGACUCAGCGCUGCAAAAAUGGUUCUCGACUGGCUUAUUUCCAAGGACGAGGUAACCAGCACCCAGAAACAAGACAAAGUCACCAUCAUCAACUUUGACGAUGAAGCCUAUCUAGACUACCCUCUUGGAGACCCCGGUGCAGCUGCAAGCUCGCUUGCAGGGAUCGGCGCAGAUGGCGGCACCUAUAUUGCAGGUGGUGUUCAAAUGGCCAUUAAGCAACUCACCGCUGUCAAUACGGGAGACACCUCUGGUCGAAGUGGAAUCCUAGUCUUCACGGACGGAGAGGACUAUAGCACCUCGGAUCUCGUGGGUCAGAUUAACCGUGCUAGCGGCCUCGGUAUCAGAGUGGCAUUCGGAUUUCUAGACUCAUCUUCUAGCCUACAGGACACCGACGUCCUUGCUGCGAUCAUGAACUCCGGGGGAAGAUAUUUUACCAUACAGAACUAUAAUGCCUCAAAGGCUUUUAUCGACGGCAUCAUUGUCAAUGGUCUUACGAGGAACGACAACCCGGACGGAGACACGACCACUUUACUGGCUGGUCUCGAUGCAUCACACUUCAUCUCAGGCUCUGAGACGCAGACCAUGUCGUACAGCGCAAGAUCCAAGGAGCAGCUGACGUUCAAUGUCCAAAGCGUCGAUGCCGGCACCCUAGCGGUUCAAAUCGUGUCUGGGAGCAAGACUCUGGCCAAAGGCGAAGCGGACUACUACUCCAGUUACUAUUCCAGUGGAUUCUCCGUCGUCGCUCCCAGUACCGGCACGAUCGACGUCAAGGUCACGGCAGACAGGGCCGACAAGAACUCCAUCUUCGUCGUCGGGGUGACGUCGAACCUGCCUCCCGAGAACUGCACAGUCGGCGUUAUCGGCGACGACGAACCGAAGCACAACAACACCCCCCAAAUCGUCGAGAGUUCUGUUGGCAGCGUGGUUGGACUGGUCAUCUUGGGCGUGAUCGCCUAUCUGCUCCACAAAUACUGCUACAAGAGGCACGGGAAACGCCACCCUCUUCAUGACCAUCCGUCAGAUUGCCCGCAAGAUCCGAAGCACCCUACACAGACAACAUCGCGAGAGAUACCGGGGCACAAUCCGUCUCGCAUACCAUGGUUCAGCUUCCCGCCGGCCCUACCACCAACGCAUGGUCAGCCACCUAACCCGCCGAGGACCACUGAUAAUCACGACCGCGACUGGGAUGAACACUCCUGUUCAGACGUCCCCAGCGACGACAAUUACGAUACGCCGUCGCAGUUCUCGAACCCACCGGCCAAGCUGAACCACUGUGGCCCACCUUGGCACAAUGCCAACCCGCCCUGUCAGCCUCCUUUUCAGAACGACCUCCCUCCGUACCAGAAUGGCAACCCACCGAACCAGCCGUCCUAUCCCAACCAACCGUCGAACCCAUCCUCGAACCCUAACCAACCAUCACAACCCAAUCAACCGUCAAACCCGAACCAGCCACAAGAUCCCAAUGAGCCGCCUACCGACCCGCAAGACCCCGGCCAGCCUGAGCCUCCGCCUGAAAAUGAGCCCGAACACCACCCGCACGCACAUAUGCGCCUCCGGACAUACGGGGACGAGCACCACCACCACAUCCCGCCAUCGCACCCGUGCUACCGGAAGAGAUGCCCGAUCGCGUCCACGACCCACGUAUGCGGCGACGACGGAACAAGCCACCCCUGCACGUGCGUCGACCCGAAGUGCCCGCUGAACCAGCCGCGCCAGCUGCUCCGGCAGCACCGGUGUCCCGACCCCGCGAUGCCGCACACCUGCGCGGGACCGGACCUCGACCCGCGCUGUCCGCUCAACGACCGGGACUACGCCCGGCGGAAGAAGCAGGAGCGCGACGCCCUCGUGCGGAAGUAUGUCGCGCAGGACCUGGCUUUGGGCGGCGUGAAAGUCGCGGCCUCGACGGCGGCUCAGACCGCGCUGAUUUCCCAGUUAUAA